AAUGCAGCAAACCAACCAUUUUAUGGCUUAGCAUGAUGUCAGCCUACUAGGGAAACCUGGCCACAGUUCUCCAACACUGAACCACAGGCGACCUCAGUUGUCUGAACCCCCCUGCCUUUGAGAAUGGGUUUUCUGAAGAGAGAAGAACAGCACUGUGUCAUUUGGGGAGGGUGGACCCUCUGCUUCUUUUGAACCAUCGCUGAGAAUUUCCCUUCCCCUCUUCCUCUGCUUUUCCUCAGCUGACUUAAGCAAGAUGAUGCCUUCCACUGAAACGGACACCUAAAGCUCGCCUUAAUGAAUGCAGCUUUUGGAGCCAUACCCAUCCUCCUCAGGAACCCAUCUAUCUACGGUUUGUCCCGAAUCACCAACAGCCUCUUCAUCAGCAAUGGAGAGGCCGCCAAUAACAAGCUCUUCCUCUAUGCUAACCGCAUCACCACUGUUAUUAACGUGUCGGUGGAGGUGGUCAACACCUACUUCCCAGACAUCUACUACAUCCACGUCCCUGUAAUGGACUGCCCCACUGCCCGAAUUUACGACUUCUUUGACCCCGUAGCUGAUAAGAUCCACGCUGUGGAACUGAACCAAGGCCGGACCCUGGUGCAUUGCGCAGCGGGCGUCAGCCGGUCAUCCGCCCUUUGCAUCGCCUACCUGAUGAAAUACCACUCCCUGUCUCUGGCAAACGCCCACGCCUGGGUCAAGUCAUGUCGGCCUGUCAUCCGACCAAACCUCGGUUUCUGGGAACAGCUGAUUGAAUACGAGUAUAAACUCUUUGGGAAGACCAGCGUCAGGAUGGUUCAGUCUCCGCUGGGUUUGAUCCCUGACCUCUACGAAAACGAGGUUAGAGUCAUGAUAGCGCUGUGA